UAGCCAAUAUAUGUGGUGUACAGGGAGGCUAGGUUAAAAUUGAUUUCGUUCAUCAGUUAUUUGUAUAGCUUGAUAUAAGUGAAAAACGAUGAAAUUAGCUCCUAGAUCUUUACGAUAAAGUUUGUAGAAUUGCUUGAAAUGACAGAUUUAUUUGACAUCGCUAACCUUAUCACAACCGUCGGUGUCGAUGGCGUCAAGAUUAAAUCGGAGCCCGGAUUACCCGAGAAAUCGUCCAACGAGAUUCUGACAGAGCUCUUCAGCACUUUCGAUGCACCGGACGAUGGCGUCGCGUCACCCGAAAACAGCGAUCAGCAAUUGCUCAAUGGCAAUGUCAAAUCCGCCAAGUUGGAUAAACUUCAAGCGAAAAAGAAAAAGAUCAAGAAGAAACAUAAGCAUAAGGAGAAGAAGCACAAGAAGAGGUCGAGACAUAACUCCUCAGACAGUAACAGUGAUGUAGAAGGUGUGAAGAAAAAAAGGAAACAUAAGAAAAAAUCCAAACGAAGACGUGAAUCUGUUUCAAGCAAAUCGUCAGAUUCUGGUCAGACUAAAGUCAAAUUAAUAAAAUUGGAUGAUGACGAUUUUGGAAUUGUAAAAGAUAGUGAAUUAAAGUUAUUUGACAUUAUGUCAGAAAAAGAUAGCAUGAAUGAUGUAACAAAAUUUGAGGAACAGCUGUGUACGAACAAGGAUUCAGAUAUUAUUGACAAAAUUGUAGAUGGCUCUGCUAGUCCCCUAUUACCAUCUAUAUCGAAGAAGACAGAUGAUGAAUCUGAUGAGGCAAUAAUACCUAAAAUUCUUGAAAAGUCAAAGCAGUCUUCUCAAGGAAAAAUAUUAAUAAAGGAUCUUAAGAACAGUACUGUUUAUAAUGAAACAGUUAAAGCAAUAGAAAAUAAGCAAAAAGCGAAAGCUGCAAGAAUGGAAGAUGGCGAGUUAUCUGAUAGUAGUAGUGACGAUAAUAGGACUCCUACUUUAAGUCCUACUCCACCUCAAGGCAGGUCACCAUCAUUCAGUCCAAGCAGAGAAAGGAUGAGAAACAAAAUGUUUAGUCCCUCGAGAAAAUCAAUCUCUUCAAAGGCUGAUCUUAGAUUGGUUUUGAGAGAGAAGGAGAAGAAAAGAGGUGUAAGAGAAAAAGAUAGUAAAAGAAGUAGGAGUUGUCAUUCUCAAGAUAGAAAAAGAUCGAGAUCACGAACGCGUUAUGAUUUGCAUCGCAGUAGGAGUGGUGGAAGAGAAAAACAGAGAGGUAGAAGCAGAGAAAGGCGUGACAGUGAGAAAAGUUAUGAAAGACGAGACUCGGGCAGGAGCAGAGAAAGGCGCAGACAUAGAAGUCGGAGUGAAAACAGAAAUAGAGAUAAAUAUACGCGAGGCCGAAGUAGAAGCAGAGAAAGAAAGGAACGAAUAGAGAUUGAUAAGAAAAAGUUGUUAGAAAUUGCCAGGAGAAAUGCUAUAAACAUGAUUAAACAAGGAACUCUCCCGUUAGCUCAGCAAGAUAAAGCUAUCGCUGCCAUACAAUCUGGUGGGAAAACAGUAGAUGAACUUACAGAUUUUUGCAAAUCAUUAUCAAAAUCUGAAGCAUUAGGUGAAUUAUCUAGUAUCUCUUCCGAAGGUGAAGAAAGUGAAUCUGAAAAGGGUUUUCAUCAUCCCUUUCUUUUAAAAGAAAGACCUAGUUCUAUUAUAAUGAAUAUUAGAGAUGCAAAACAAUUGCCAACGAAAACGUUCCUAGAAAAAACAACCGAAACUUCGAAUCAGUUACGAUUGCAAUUUCCUGUCUCCAGUGGACAACAUCAUAGAAGAAGUGAAAACGAAUGGGUGCCUGUUACACCAAAAAAACCAGAACCAAAAAAAGUAUUUGUACCAGCUUCUACAACAAAUGAGACAUCAGCAAUAAUACCACCACCUUCUGUGCAACCUCCAGAACAACCUCCUCCUCUACAACCUGCACAAACUGUGUUUCCCUCAAUGUCAAAGACUGUGGAUAUUGGCUCGAUAGUGUCUGAAAGAUUAGCAGCUAUGAGAAAAUUAACGGAAAAUCCAAAUGAUAUAGGUGCUUUGAAUGCAAUGCAUCGAGCACAAAACGAGAUGAGAACUUGGGCUGAAAGUAAGCAGAUACCAGGUCAGUUUACUGGUAGUACAGGAGUUAAAGUACUCACACCUGCUGAACUGUCCUCAGGUUAUCAAGCCUGGGCACGUAAGGAUCAAUUAGUAUCAGCGCAGCCUGUAUCGGGUGGAAUGGGUAUGGCGUUGCUGCAGAAGAUGGGUUGGCGACCAGGUGAGGGUCUAGGCAAAAACAAAGAAGGGGCCUUGGAACCGUUGCAGCUAGAAGUUAAAUUGGACAAGCGAGGAUUAGUUUCUGAGCAAGAUAUUGGACAGAAAGUUGGCAAAACUGUAAAACCCAUAGUACCAGCUGUCAAAACAUUAGAAGGUAAACAUCCAGUGUCACUUUUGGGUGAAUAUUGUUCAAAGAAGAAACUCGGAGCGCCAGUUUACGAGUUAUGCUUUGAAUGUGGACCAGAUCACAGAAAGAAUUUCCUCUUCAAAGUAAAAGUAAAUGGCGUCGAGUAUAAGCCGAGUGUUGCAAGCCCUAACAAAAAACAGGCAAAGGCAGAAGCAGCACAGAUAUGUCUGCAGAGUUUAGGUUUAUUACCUUCUUAAUAUGUGCUAUAAUUGUGUAAAGGGACUGUAAAUUAUUUCAUCAUUUGACAUAAUACCUUCAUUUUUUAUCAAAAAAAUAAAAUAUAAUGUCCUAUAUAAAAUAAUUUUGUAUAUUAAUGUUCCAAGAAUAAUUUUGCAAAAAAUUAAAUAAUGACAGUAUUUAUUUCUAAUCUACUGUUAAACUUAUUAGUUUAAUGCUCAAUGUUCAGACUUCAGUAUCAAGUACAUACAUAUACAUGUAAGUAUAUACAUGUAUAAUUAUAGUUACAAUUUCUGCAAAUUUUCCAAUUAUGUAGUCAAAAUUCUACAAGAAUAGUGCCAAAACAGGAUAUAUUAUGAAUUGUCCUAUUAAAAUAUUCAUUACAUCAAUAUUUCAAUAAUUAUGGUAAUGUAUAAUUCACUCUUUUAUCUAAUCAUCCCAUGUACGAUUUUAUCUAAAAUUUUAGAAUUCUAAUAAAUAAAGUGUCAUUAUAUCAUAUUCGAUAUAUUUCUAUAUUGUACAACCGUUUUAUUCUGAAUAUCAAGCUAUAUG